AUGUCUCAAAAAUUCAUUUAUAUCCUAUUCAUUUCUCUCUUUGCGUUUAUUUCUCAAAUUGCCAUCGUCAAAUCUCACGUGACUACAGAAUCCGACUCUCUUCUAGAAACUUUAAAUUAUUUUAAUUCUGAGAAAACAGAGUAUCCUGUACAUAAUUAUUUAUCAUCUUCGUCAACAUUUUUUGAAAUUGAUAUAGAACCAGAAUUAGAAUCGAACCAAAUAAUACAACAACAGUCUCUAUUGUCUCCUUUAAAUCAACAAUACACGCAACAGGAUGACGGUGAUGAAGAAAGAAUACGUAAACGUCAAUUACUUCUUGAGAGACGUCGUAGAUUACGUGAAAGACGUCGUAGGUUACGUGAAAGACGUCGUAGGUUACGUGAAAGGCGUCGUAGGUUACGCGAAAGAAAUCAAGGGCAAACUGAAGUUGAAAUGGAAUUAAAUUAUGCGCAUAUGUAA